GGCAUGGGACCCCAACACACAAACACAAACACCAUCAAACCCAUACCAAAACUCUCUAUAUAAAUGCUUCUCUCUGUCAUUCUCUUUCAUCUCACACACAAACACUUCGUACAAUAUAUCAAAAGCUUUGAAGAAACAUUAAGAAGUCAAAAGAAAUCACACGAAAUAUAUAUCAACUUAAAAGCCAAAGCAGAAGCAAUGUCACAAGUUUAUCUAAAAUUGUCAUUGUUAGGCCUUUUGGUGAUGGCCGUCGUGACUCCAUCGGCGAACGCGAUAAGGAAGUCCAUCCUUGUCGGAGGGAAGUCGGAUGUUCCGAACGUUCAGACCAACAUGGAAGUUCAAGAACUUGGAAGGUAUUGCGUGGAACAAUUCAAUCUACAGGAACAAAGCGAGAAAGGAAACGUAGCUUCCAUUGUGAAAAGAGAAACGACCGUGUCGAAUCCGUUGACGUUUAGCCGAGUUGUGUCGGCUCAGCAACAGGUCGUGGCUGGUCUUAAAUACUAUCUAAGGAUUGAAGUGACUCAGCCCGAUGGCACGAGCAGGAUGUUCGACUCUGUUGUGGUUGUUCAACCAUGGCUCCAUUCUAAGAAGUUGCUCGGUUUCACACCUGUUGCUACUCGUAUCUACUAACAGUUCCUUUUUUUUUUGAGAAAAGACACGAGAGGUGUAUGAUAUGAAGCUAUUAACAAUGGGUUAGUGGCUGGUUUUGUAAUAUGAUGUUUUACGUUCAUAAAUAAAAACAAAA